CAGAAUCGCUGACCGUUUGAGACAGAGAAGUGAGAGGAGCGGUAUAUUAGAUGUUUAAAACAGGACAGCGAAUAACUGCGGAAAAAUAGCAUAUUCAUUGGAAAGGCUGGUAUCGCAGACGAGUGGUGAUGGAAUCGUACGACAUCAUAGCCAAUCAGCCCGUUGUGAUUGAUAAUGGAUCUGGUGUGAUCAAGGCAGGCUUCGCUGGAGAUCAGAUCCCAAAAUACUGCUUCCCAAACUAUGUGGGACGACCCAAACAUGUGCGGGUGAUGGCAGGUGCACUGGAGGGGGACCUCUUUAUUGGACCCAAAGCUGAGGAACACCGGGGGUUGCUAUCAGUGAGGUACCCCAUGGAGCAUGGAAUCGUCAAGGACUGGAAUGAUAUGGAGCGCAUCUGGCAGUAUGUCUACUCCAAGGAGCAGCUGCAGACCUUCUCUGAAGAGCAUCCAGUUCUUCUCACAGAGGCUCCUCUGAACCCCAGCAAGAAUCGUGAGAGGGCAGCCGAGGUGUUCUUUGAGACAUUCAAUGUGCCGGCACUGUUCAUCUCCAUGCAGGCUGUUCUUAGCUUGUAUGCGACAGGGCGGACGACGGGUGUGGUGCUAGACUCAGGCGAUGGGGUAACCCACGCAGUGCCUAUCUAUGAAGGCUUUGCCAUCCCACACUCCAUUAUGCGUGUAGACAUUGCUGGGCGUGAUGUCUCUCGCUACCUGCGGCUGCUGCUGCGCAAGGAGGGCUACGACUUCCACACCUCAGCUGAGUUCGAGGUGGUGCGCACCAUCAAGGAGAGGGCGUGCUACCUGUCACUGAACCCCCAAAAGGAUGAGACCCUGGAGACGGAAAAGGCACAGUAUACACUCCCCGACGGCAGCACGCUGGAUAUCGGACCCGCAAGGUUCCGAGCCCCAGAGCUCCUCUUCCGGCCAGACCUGAUUGGGGAUGAGAGUGAGGGCAUCCAUGAGGUGCUGGCCUUCGCCAUCCAGAAAUCUGACAUGGACCUGCGACGCACCCUCUUUUCCAAUAUUGUCCUGUCUGGCGGUUCAACACUCCUCAAAGGGUUUGGGGAUCGGUUGUUGAGUGAGGUGAAGAAGUUGGCACCCAAGGAUGUCAAGAUAAAGAUCUCUGCGCCACAGGAGCGACUGUACUCCACGUGGAUCGGGGGGUCCAUCCUGGCAUCGUUGGACACCUUCAAGAAGAUGUGGGUCUCCAAGAAGGAGUACGAGGAGGAUCGUGCCCGUGCUAUUCACCGGAAGACCUUCUAAUGGAGGGAGGGCAUGCCAUGCCUUCAACCUCCCACAAUCCCCCUGGUUCACCCCUUCCCCCACCUCAUUAGCUAUUCCACAUUCCCUGCAUUCUUGGCCUUAUUGGCAGAGAAAGAACAGUAUCCACCCCUCCCUGUCACCUUGGCCUUCUCCAGCUCAGCACGCCUUCUACUGUCCUUUGCCCCGUCCGACAGGGGCGCCAGCCAGGACUGGCACAGGGUAUGGGUAGGCACUCGGAUAUGCCAGCCCCUCGCUCCUUUCCCAGCCCCACCCCUACCCGACAGAAACACAAACUUGGCUUUCAGGUGCAUGUCUUAAUACUGUGGACAUUUCCUUUCUGUUAUGUUUAGGGUAAGGCUAUACUCUAGAUGGAAGUAUUCAUUGAACCCUUAAUCGCUGUCCCCAUAUAGGCAACGCUGGAGGUGAAUGUCUCACUCUGCAGGUUUGCGAGGUCCAUUUUCAACUGAGGCCUUUAUCUCAUGUUCUGAUCCCCCUGGUUACAAGGUGCUUGUUGGUAUCCAAAGAAACGGUCACUGUUUUAGUUCCCAUCAAAUAACCAGGAUGAUUUUGACAGCAUCUGCGAUAUGGAAGAUUUUAAUUUAUACUCUAAGGCACCAUGCUGUUUUUCACACAUGCUUUGUGGUUUUUGUGGUGCUGUGGCCCUGUUGGUUAAGGAGCAGAAGAUGAUUGGGAACCUGUGGUGGUCAUCCAGUGUAAUUUGCACAGUCAAUAUCUCCCGGCUCUUCUACACACUGACGAUAGUGCUCAGGUGCAACACAAUCUGCAAGUUCACAAUGCUCGUGUUCCCCCUUCAAUGGUUCUGUGUGAAAGGUUUCCCUCAUCAGUAUAGAUGAUCAUGUCAGACAUUGGUUAGUCCCUUGUGAGAUUAAGGACUUAAAGAGCAGCUGAUCCAAACUCAGAGCUCUCUGCUGAGACUGUUUUCAGGUAUUUGAUCGGGAGGUGAACACUAAUGAACACACUCAUCGUGAGAAGUAAUGUAGGUGGUGGCUGAGGGGGAGAGGGAACAGGAUGAAUGGUCGUGCCAUUGUGAAAAGCAGGCUAGCCCACAACACAGGUGGACACUUUAGCUUUUCUGUUGUCCAAGGUUGAAUUUGGAUUGAAGCCUGAGGGUCUAGGCUUGUUUUCCCCAAAUGGGAAGUCUUCAACUCAUGACAUAAGUGCAUUGAAAGACCAAUUUUUUUUUUUUUUUUUUUCUCCUGCAAAAAAAGGUUAGUCAUUUAAAUCUUGUGUA